AGCUUAUCAACCAAGUAAAUCGAACAAAGCAAGCGCUGCCACAACCAAGUAAUGCAAUUGAAUUGGAAAUUCUAAUAAUCUAGUUUGUCAUGCCUGUCGAGACUCGCAGCUCUGACAUCAGGCCUGUUCGAAGGCGCUCACGGCAAGGAUGCUUAGUCUGCCGGCAACAUCGGUCAAAGUGCGACGAAAAGAGUCCAACAUGUGGGAGUUGUAAUCGCCUGGGAAGGACUUGCAGGUGGGGUCUAAGGGCAUCAUUUCACCCAUCGAGGGUUUCCCAGCUAUCUACUUCGGACUCAAAAACCCUACGAGAGGUAGAAUUGGGAAGGCACCAUCAAAAUUCCUUAACAUUCGUUGACGAGACUGAGGAAAUCGAACAUGAGUAUGAUGGGCCAGGUGAAGCUUCAAUUCAGCGCCAAUCAAGUCGAGGUGCUACAAUUGAUUCAACGCCAGAAACAGAAUAUAACCGCCCAAGCGUAACAGAGGAGGGCCAUACGGGAAUCUCUAGAGCUCAGAAUGAUCAUCAUACGGUCCCUAUCGGAGAUAGUCUCAUACAAAGUGAUUUAGAGGAGCCUAUCAGUGCCAGUCGGCGAACGAGUAGCUACCAAACUCUCCAAUAUUUACACCCCCACCCACCACCUAUAUACACAGCGGGGAACAACACAUCUGUUGUAUCAUUUAAAAAGGCGAGGCAUGAAUAUUUUCGAAAUAUUUUGCCUGAAAAAGUUCUCUACUGGCCAGUCAACGAUCAUGUCAAAGCACGCUUGCUAUCCGCAUACUUCCAAAGCGCCUCAAGGUGGUGCGAAGUGACUGAUUCCCUCAAGGUUUUCUCUACAUUAUCAAGCCAUUUGAUAAUUGAAUCACCAGCAUUUUCAGCGGCGGCGGCGGCGCUUGCUUCGAUAAUAGUUAUGAAGGGAGAUGAGUUUUCUGUCUUACUUGCUGAUGAACUUUACAGCUUUGCUCGUACGGCACUUCGAGGUUUUAAAUCAGAACAUCGUGACGGGGGACUCCUUGCUGCAACUCUUCUCUGCAUGUAUAGUUCGGCUUCAGGGAAGACGCGCGAAGAUCACUCUACUCUACUCGAAUUGGCAGAGCUCUUACAGGAUUAUGGUCUACAGGAUGCGCCACGUGGUGUGCUAUCUGCGUGCUUCUGGGUCUUUGCCAGACAAGAUAUCUGGGCAAGCUAUUUAAGUCGGCGGCCUACACUUAUUCCAGUAGAGAGUUGGGAAAUACCUCGGUGUCGCCCUGAUGUUCCAAUUCAAGACAGCUAUAGUAAACUAGCGAUAUGGAUCACUGCACGAAUCGUCAAUGAGCUGUCAAAACAACCUGCUGAUAUCAAUUUAAAUACACUGCAAGAUCUCUGGGCAGAAUUGCAGACGUGGGUGGUUGAGAGGCCACUGAGUGUUCGAUGCGUUAUGGAACUUGAAUCGUUAGGAGAUUCGUGUUUCCCAACGAUUCUCUUCAGCAGCCCAUCAGCUGUCUGCGGGAAUUUAUACUACCAUACUGGAUGCAUAUUGCUUCUUGCGACAGAACAGAUUCUGUAUCCAACUUCUGCCAUGGCCUCCCCCAUAUGCCAUGCCCGCCGUAUUGUAGGAAUUUCAAUGACGAAUAAUGAUCCCGCGAAUUUAGUGAAUAACAUUCAUCCGAUCUGUGUGGCUGCACGCCAACUACAUGCUGCUGUUGAGAAGAUGGCCAUUUUGAAGCAUCUGAGGGAAAUACAAGAUUGCACUGAAUGGAAGACAGAGAGGCAUAUACUAGAAUUGCAAGAGAUUUGGGUAUAGUGAACGAUACUCUGUCGCCUGCUGAGUUUCUUUGGGCCAAGGUAGUGUCGCUGAAGAGGGUUUGCUACAGUCAUGUUACAGUUAUUUCUGUCUUCAAGUCUGAUACUGUUAUUUAAUUUGCUUUCAUAGUCCCUAGAACGUUG